CUACUCAUAAUUAGAUAUUUAUAUGGUACGUACUUCAUCGUCUCUCCCCUAAUAAAAAUUAAAAAGGAUUGCAAUUUAACAUCUGAAAGUUUGGAACAGAGAAAAUCCGAUGAAGCAGAAAUUGAGUUAUUGCGAGAAGAAUAUCAUCAAAGGGUUUCGACCCUUGAAAGGAAGGUUUAUUCCCUUACUAAGGAAAGGGAUACUCUUCGAAAAGAGCAUAACAAAAAAAGUGACGCUGCUGCUCUGUUAAAGGAAAAAAAUGAAAUAAUUAAACAAGUAAUGGCUGAAGGUGAAGAGCUUUCAAAGAAGCAGGCUACUCAAGAAGCUCUUAUCAGGAAAUUAAGGGCUCAGAUUAGAGAGAUCGAAGAGGAGAAGAAAGGUUUGACUACAAAGCUUCAGGCUGAAGAGAAAGGGUAGAGAGCAUCAAGAAGGACAAGACAGCUACAGAGAAGUUGCUGCAGGAAACAAUUGAAAAACACCAAGUUGAACUUGCAGCUCAGAAGGACUUCUAUACAAAUGCU